AUGAAGAGAGAGGGAGACAAGAUCGACGAUGAGAGGUCGGCAUUUGGUCCAAAUGGGACCAUAAGAAUAAGCCAAGAAACUACAUGUUCGAAGAACGCCAACAUUGCUACAACUUCUUCCAAUGUUAACCCUAAUAACGUCGGUGCUUAUGGCACCUCGACGGGCAAUGGUACGAGCGGUAAUAACAACAAGGAACAGGAUCGGUUCCUCCCAAUAGCCAACGUAGGUCGGAUCAUGAAAAAGGUCAUUCCGGGGAAUGGCAAGAUCUCCAAGGAUGCAAAGGAGACCGUCCAAGAAUGUGUGUCCGAGUUCAUUAGCUUCGUUACGGGCGAAGCGUCCGACAAAUGUCAAAGUGAAAAGAGGAAGACAAUCAACGGGGACGACAUUCUUUGGGCCAUUAUGACUCUUGGUUUCGAGGAUUAUGUAAAUCCACUCAAGCUUUAUCUUGCCAAGUAUAGAGAGGUAGAAGGGGAGAAACUAAAUGUCCCAAAACAACAGCGUGUGGAACAACGUUUACAGCAGCAUGAACAACAACAGAAGCCAAAUGUCCCAUAUAAUACUAGUAAUGUAUACUCGACAAAUCUCAUCUGUCAGCCACCAUUUGUGUCUACUGAUCCACCAUUUCCUUUGCCUUUUCCCCAAAAUUCCAUUCAGAAUUCCCCAUUGCCUCAACAAGAGCAUAUUGAUUCUGUGGGGCAUUGGUAA